AUGACUCAACUUAUUGCAUGCGGUGUAGGUCAAUGUGGUGUACAAAUGGCCUCAUCAUUCACAGAGACUUAUAUGAAAGAAGCGCAAAAUUACGUUGAUCAAGACGCUUUUCACAGAUUAUUUUAUGAAACAUCAGAUCAUCAAUACAUAGCAAGAACAGUUUUAAUCGAUACCGAAAGAAAAGCUAUAACAGAUAUAUUAAGCGAUAAAUUUGCUACACGAAACUGGAAAUAUGAUAAAUGUUCUAUCUGGGCAGAAGGCUGUGGUUCGGGAAAUAACUGGGCAUAUGGUUAUGAUAAAAACGGAUUCGCCGCUAAAAAUGAAGUUAUGGAUAGACUUCAACAUCAAGCAGAAAAAUGCGAUCGAUUUGGAGGAUUUCUAUUCUUCCAAUCAUUGGGAGGUGGCACGGGUAGUGGACUUGGAUCGAGAAUUACCGAAUGUGUUCGUGAUACCUUUGGUCCACGCGCUCAAAUCGUUAAUAAUGUUGUCUGGCCAUACACUUUUGGCGGUGUUAUGGUUCAGAACUAUAACUCGGUUCUUUCACUUGCUGCUUUGAUCAAAAAUAGCGAUGCUGUCGUUGUUACUUAUAAUGAUACCCUUCAUGCUAUUUGUGCUGCUCAAAAAGGACCUGAAAAUGUUACACUAGCUGACAUGAAUGAUGUAUUCUCGAGGAAUUUAGCUGGUUUGCUCUUACCCUCAUACGAAUUAUGUACAGUUCCUAUUUGGAGCCAACCACUUUCGCAUUUGGUUCAGAUUCCGACACGAAGACUACUUCAUAUAUUCGGAUAUCCAAUUGAAUCUGAUGUUGCUCAUGGAUUUUCGAAUUAUAAUUGGAGUUCAUUGAUUGAUAAUGUCCUUUCCAUGGUUGCUACCGGAAACUUUGUCGGUAGGUCAAUUCGUCAGAUCAGAUCCAUCAUAGAUCCUCGCAGACAGCUUCCAAUUAAGAAAUGUGAUGCAAUUUGGACUGUUUUCAGAGGCAUUGAAACGAACCAAGCUAAGCAAUAUAUGUUGAACCAUGACAUAAUGAAAUGCCAACAUUUCUUCCCAGCUGAUAACGAUGAUCCUCUUCUUGUAUCGACAAGUACUAGAAAAUUCCUUGGAUAUGAUCAGUAUACAACUGUUAUGGCGAACUCUCAGGUGAUCAUUGACCCACUUGAAGAUCUACUUCAAAAAUUCCAUAAUAUGAUCGAAACAGGUGCUUACAUUCAUCAAUAUCUUGAUACCGGAAUGGAAAAGAGCAAACUUCAGGAAGAUAAACUCUUCCUUGAACAAGUUUUAUUUGAUUAUAAGACAAUGUAA